AUGGCUCCUGCUUCUUUACCCUCUGCUGCCACUCCAGUCACUCAUCCUUCGCAGCACCCUUCACAGCUUCCUCUUGUACCUGCUCGACGUUCUGGCAGAUUGAAGGUACCCACACCAGCCGGUCGCGCCUUUUCAGAGGGCAUGGCGGCCACUAAGGAAUGUCUUACAUGCUUGCGCGACUUACGCGAGGCACGCACGGCAGGGUCUGCUCCCUUGAGUGAGGGGGUGAGGGAGAAGUCGGUGAAUAUAGAUGCAGGAACAGAGGUAGAAGCAGGAAACGAGAACUUAGCAGAUAUAGAGCCGAAUAUUGACAUCCCCGAGGUCUACGCCAAUGUCAUGAUUGAAGAACACACAAACAUUACCAUCAGGAGUGACCACAAAUGA